AUGACCAGGGUUCUGGCUGGUCCCUACUGUACACAGAUCCUUGGAGACUUGGGAGCAGAUGUAAUCAAGAUCGAGCACCCUGUACGAGGCGAUGAUACCAGAGCUUGGGGCCCGCCUUUUGCAAAAUACAAAGAUGAGUCGAAGGACGGCCCUGGUGAGAGUGCGUACUAUUUGGCAGUAAACCGGAAUAAGAAGUCAGUUGGCCUCUCGUUUGCACACCCAUCGGGCGUGGAGAUCCUCCAUAAACUCGCGAAGGAAUGUGAUGUGCUCGUCGAAAACUAUCUGCCAGGAAGUCUCAAGAAGUACAGAAUGGAUUAUGAGACCCUCAGUGCCAUAAACCCGAAGUUGAUCUACGCAAGUAUCACCGGAUACGGCCAAACUGGGCCGUACAGCAACCGGGCAGGCUACGAUGUCAUGGUGGAAGCCGAAAUGGGAUUGAUGCACAUUACGGGGUCAAGGGACGGCCCUCCUGUCAAAGUGGGAGUGGCGGUAACGGAUCUGACCACGGGGCUCUACACGUCCAAUGCGAUUAUGGCUGCCCUGAUCGCUAGAGCAAGAACGGGGAAGGGUCAGCAUAUCGAUGCUUGUCUUAGCGAUUGCCAGGUUGCUACUCUGUCGAAUCUGGCAAGCUCUGCGUUAAUAAGUGGAGAGAAAGAUUCGGGAAGAUGGGGCACCGCGCAUCCUUCCAUCGUUCCUUAUCGAAGCUACAAGACGCGUGAUGGCGAUAUCCUCUUCGGAGGCGGGAAUGACAAGCUGUUUGGCGUUCUGAGCGACCGGCUCGGGCACCCCGAAUGGAAGACAGAUCCUCGCUUUGUGACAAACAGUGGCCGAGUCAAGCACCGGGAAGUGCUCGACAACAUGAUCGAGGAGGAGACGAAACAGAAGACGACGCAGGAGUGGCUUGAGAUCUUUGAAGGCAGCGGGAUGCCCUAUGCAGCCGUCAACGAUAUCCAAGGCACAUUGAAUCAUGCACACGUCCAAGCUCGCGGCAUGGUCACUGAGGUCGAUCAUCCAGCCUGUGGACCGAUAAAGCUUGUGAACACACCGAUCAAAUACUCUCAUGCUAAACCAGGAGUCAGAACGCCUCCCCCGACCCUUGGCCAGCACACCGACGAGGUCCUCCGAGAUCUGCUACAAUACAGCGACGAGGAAAUCGCUUCGUUGAAACGAGACGGGAGCCCACCUGGAAAUUGGGUAAAACCUAUGUUCGAUGGAAUCUGGCUCAGGGCGCUGUUCCUGAUCAUUCAUUCGAGUUCUGCCAAUACAAUGUCCCAACACAAUGGAGGUCCAGACCCCCCUCCGGCGGGGGCCCAGCCCGCUGCAUCAAUGAACGGUGCAUCGAGUGAGCAUUCACCUGAUAGCUUUCAUUCACUCUCGAAAGCACAAUACAACGCUACGCCUAUUCAGCCAAAGCCUGAUUCUCCUAAUUCUUCUUCAGGCGUGCAAUAUAAAAACCCCAAGGUUCCUCUGAUUCCCAAGUUGUCUCCUGCUACCACCGAACUCAUCGCACGAAUUACUAGUAACAAGGCAACAGAAGUCGAAAAACAAAGCAAUCCUCCAACAAGUUUCACUGGUUUGAACUUGUCUCCCUCUGUCAGACCGGCCUCUGACAAUUCCAAUAUGAAGUUGAACAACAUGGGCAAGAUCAAGAUGUCCUCCGCAAUUCUCCCGCUCCCUCCACCUCCCUUUGCCAGCCACGGUGCUGCGACGGCGGUGCCAACUGCACCUCCGGGUCCUCCUGUACUUCCAUCUCAGCAGAAUCCUAGGGUGCCAGGACUUGUCAACAUCGCGCCAAAGCCGGCUGCACAACCGGAUCAAUCACCAGCAGUUCCUCCUCAGUCGGUUGCACCCGCUUCUGUGGCUUCAUCUCAAACGCCGUCACAGUUGCCCGCAAGCCGGAAGAAAACAGAAAACUCUCGUCAGCGCAAAGAGGGCAUCAAUGGUUCUAAACAAGGCAAGAAACGCAAGCGGAACGAAGAUAGCGAUGACGACAAUGUUAGAGCCGACGACUCUAGCUCUGAAUCGAACUUUCCGAUCGCGACACGGACGAAAUCUGGUCGGCAGGUUAACCGACCUUCUCUAUUCGUCCCUCCUGCUCCGCCCGCAACUAAGCAGAAGGCCCAUUCUUCGGACGCUCCUAAAGGAGACGCAACUAAUGCUAAAUCGCCGAAAAAGAAGAGGAAGGUCUAUCGCAAGGGUGAUGAGCUGAAUGUUACAUGCGCACAUUGCCAAAGAGGCCAUAGCCCGCCGACCAACAUGAUAGUCUUUUGUGACGGAUGCAAUCGCGCCUGGCAUCAAUUCUGUCAUGACCCUCCAAUUGAAAAGGAGGUGAUCGAAGUGAAAGAGGCGGAAUGGUUCUGCAGAGAAUGCAGACCGGUGGAACCUCCGGUUGAAGAAGUGCCACAAAAGCCUCAGUCAUCAAACGAUGCUGGACCUGUUAAUCAUGAUUCUCGGGUUGCUGAGAAAUUGCCGGGAGCUCGCGUCGGAGGAAAGAUGUUUUCGGCAGAAGAAAAACGCGGGUAUUUGUCUGGCCUGUCUCAUGCAGCUCUUGUUGAUCUGCUCAUGAGUCUCUCGGACCGCGACCCAACUCUUUCGAUCUUUCCUUCAAAUCUGAAGGAUCUAGAAAAAUCCAAAUUCUUUGCACCAGCCAAAUCUACAGCGAUCCCUGACCAGGCUGAUCCAUCGCCCGCUGUUGUUCCAGUCAACAUCCAGAAUGAUGGGUCGUCAGAUAUGCCACAGACGACUGAGCAAGCCUCUAGCGCUCCAGCACCAGACACCUCGGGUCAGUCACGUCGUGCGCAGAAUGAUGAUGAUUCUGAGGAUUCGGGAUCGGAAUAUGAAUUUGAAGAGCAUCGACUUUACCCGCGAGCUGGAAACGGCUUCCGUCUCCCCCCAGAAAGCGAAGAUCUUGACAUGCUGCUGGACGAUCCUGCUUGUCCUACAUUUAGUCACGCGCUACACGGCGUUGCGUCAAUCGGAGGUGCAGCGUAA